GAAACUGACGCCCGAGAGGCCGCUGUCGCCUGCAUCCCGCCGCGCGCCUCUCCCAGGCCCGGGACGCGCUCCCCGCCCGCGAUCUCCCUGGACCCCUUGUUGCAUCGGAGGGGCUCGGGCUCCCGCGCCCACGGCCGGCUCCUCCUUCCUCGUGGAGCCGUCCUGCAGUCAGACUGGGGUUUCCUCUGUCGGCCUGAGCCACGCGGUGUUUGCGUGCGCCCCGGGCUUUUCGGAGCGGGUACCCCGUGUGGUGGAGGCCUGCGGACGCUCGCUGAUUUUGCCCGGUGGCCGCUGGGGGGCAGGCCAGGCUGCAGGCGGGGCUGCGGCGCAGGCCCCUCCCUAGGGGGCAGCCCCAGUGGAGUCGGACACGCCUGUAGGGGGCCUAUCAACCCCCAUCCCCCUCUCCGUGUCUGCCUAUCUUCCCUCUCCCCGCAGUGUCUCCCACGCGCUCCCUGUCAUUCUUAUAACCAAGAUCACCUGGCUGGUGGGACAAGGAACAGGGUAUUGGGAUGUGGUCCUCUCUCCUCAGGGAGCCCCCCAUUUCCAUAAACAUGAGCCUCCGUGGCAUUCCUGGCGUUAGGGGCCAUUUUAUUACAUCAGGGACAGUAAAAUUCAUCGGCGGGCACUCCAGGGUCCAGCUGCUGGGGACUGCUGUCCCGGGGCAAUCUGGGGCCCUGGAUUUGUAGCUGCAGGGGCUGUUCUGGCGCCCCGCCCCUGGGGACUGAUGGCCCAUUCCCCCUUGUUCUGUCCCCAGUCCCCCGCUGCCUCACAGCCGGGCUGACCAGUAUGACCUCAGCUGGGACCAGCAGCUCAACAUGGCCUACGUGGGCGCUGUCCCCCACGGCGGCAUCGAGCAGGUCCGGACCCACUGGCUGCUGGAGCUCAUCACAGCCAGGGGGUCAGCGGAGCAAGGCCUGAGCUACAACUUCACCCAUCUGGAUGGGUUCCUGGAUCUUCUCCGAGAGAACCAGCUCCUCCCAGGCUUUGAGCUGAUGGGCAGCCCCUCCAAACGCUUCACCGACUUUGAGGACAAGCAGCAGGUGUUUGAGUGGAAGGAGCUGGUCUCCCUCCUGGCCAGGAGAUACGUUGACAGGUACGGACUCUCCCACGUUUCCAAGUGGAACUUCGAGACGUGGAACGAGCCGGACCACCACGACUUUGACAACGUGUCCAUGACCUUGCAAGGCUUCCUGAACUACUACGACGCCUGCUCCGAAGGCCUGCGAGCCGUCAGUCCCGCUCUGCGCCUGGGCGGCCCUGGGGACUCCUUCCACCCCUGGCCGCGCUCCCCGCUGUGCUGGGGCCUCCUGGGCCACUGUCACAACGGCACCAACUUCUUCACGGGAGAGUUGGGCGUGCGGCUGGACUACAUCUCCCUCCACAAGAAGGGCGCGGGCAGUUCCAUCUACAUCCUGGAGCAGGAGCAGGCGGCCGUGCAACAGAUCCAGCGGCUCUUCCCCAAGUUCGCAGACACCCCCAUUUACAACGACGAAGCUGACCCGCUAGUGGGCUGGUCCGUGCCGCAGCCUUGGAGGGCCGACGUGACCUACGCGGCCCUGGUGGUGAAGGUCAUUGCGCAGCACCAGAACCUGCUGGUGGCCAACACCAGCUCCCCCGUGCGCUACGCGCUCCUGAGCAACGACAACGCCUUUCUGAGUUACCACCCGCACCCCUUCACGCAGCGCACGCUCACGGCGCGCUUCCAGGUCAACGACACCCGCCCGCCGCACGUGCAGCUGCUGCGCAAGCCGGUGCUCACCGCCAUGGCGCUGCUGGCCCUGCUGGACGGCGAGCAGCUCUGGGCCGAGGUGUGGCAGGGCGGGACGCUGCUGGACAGCAACCACACGGUGGGCGUCCUGGCCAGCGCGCACCGCCCGGCCGGCCCCGCUGACGCCUGGCGCGCCACGGUGCUGGUCUACGCGAGCGACGACACGCGCACCCACCCCAACCGCACCGUCGCCUUGACCCUGCGCCUGCACGGGGUGCCCCCGGGGCCUGGCCUCGUCUACGUCACACUCUACCUGGACAACCGGUUCUGCAGCCCUCACGGCGAGUGGCAGCGCCUCGGCCGGCCGGUCUUCCCCUCGGCAGAGGAGUUCCGGCACAUGCGCGCAGCCGAGGACCCGGUGGCCGCGGCGCCUCGCCCCUUCCCUGCCAGCGGCCGCCUGACGCUUCGCCCGGAGCUCCCACUGCCCUCACUCCUGCUGGUGCACGUGUGCGCACGCCCAGAGAAGCCGCCAGGCCAGGUGACCCAGCUCCGGGCUCUGCCCCUGACCAGUGGGCAGGUGCUCUUGGUCUGGUCAGAUGAGCAUGUGGUCUCCAAGUGCCUGUGGACGUAUGAGGUCCAGUUCUCUGCAGGUGGUGAGGGGUACGCUCCCGUCAGCAGGAAGCCGUCGACCUUUAACCUCUUUGUGUUCAGCCCAGACACAGCUGUCACAUCUGGCUCCUACCGGGUUCGAGCGGUGGACUACUGGGCCCGACCAGGCCCCUUCUCGAACCCUGUGCAGUACGUGGAGGUCCCUGCCCCGUGAGGGCUGCCGCUGCCCAGUGACUGUGAGCUGGAGCUGACCGGUGACCCCGGGCGGCCAGGAGCUGAGGCGGGCUGGGCCACCGCCGGCCGUCACUUGGCUCUGUUCACCUUGUCCUGUGACUUGCUCGCCUCCUUAAAGUGCCUCUCCGCUCAUCAGUCUUGGGGUUGGCCUUUGUGGAUGGGCGUGCAGCCAAGUCGGGGCCUGGCUCCAGCAAGGCCUUCCCCGCCUCCCCCCCCUUCCAGAGUGCUUUCCCCCACCGCGGGAGCCAGGAUGGGGAGCACGCUGAGCACAGGGGGACCGAGGUCCGGCUGCCAUUAGGACAGCUGCCCUGCCUGCCUGGGGUCUCUGGCAUCACUGCUGGGUGUGGUGGCCCCAUUGCUGUCCCCGGCCCGUUCUGCAGAACAGGGGCUGAGGCUGUGCUUGGAGGGGUCCUGCCUGGGUCAGGUUGGAGCCCAGGAGGGGACCCCCUUCCUGAGCCCGGACAGGCUGUCCCCGGUACCCCCAGGUGGGAGGUCGGGUGGGGCUUCCAAGCUAUCUGGCCCAAACCGGGGCCAGCGGCCAAAAGGGUCUGCAGCGCCACCUGUAGGCUGCGCGUGCCGGCAUGAUCAUCCCAGUUCUAUACCUGAGCCCAGAAGGAAACAGCACGCUGAGACCAGGAUGACCCGGGACCGUUUGCAGGGGUGCGGCGUGGGCAGGGAAGCUGCACAGGUUGUACAGGACCCCGGGACCCCUUUCCACACCCAUACUCCGCCCCAGGCAGAUGGAGCCGGUGGGGGCACCCUUACCGGUCCAGAGACAGAAAGGUGUGGAGAGGCCACCUGGCGAGGAGCAGAGACCUUCAGCGCAGGGUCUCAGCCAGCCGGGGAGGGGGCCCUGUGAGCAGGAGUGCGGGUGUGGUGGCUCUGAUCUCUCUUCCUCUGCUGCCCUCCGGGGCCACGUUGGGCUCAGGACGGGGGGAGGUCUGAAGGGCAGAGGAAGACCAGACUGUCCAUCCCUCUGAACCCCAAAGUCCUUACCUGUUCCUCUUGCCCCACGUGGGUGCCUCAGUGCCUGGGGGGCCCGGUCCGUGUGUCUCUGUGGGGCACCGUUACCCACUGACUGCUAUUGUCACCCAAAGGCGCAGUCCCCGGGUCCUAGGCAUGGUUUUCCCGUCCUUUCACGAAACCUGUCUCAGCCAGCUCAGUAGUCACGACAGAGCGUGACAAAGUCCCGCAUGACUCCCACUGCAGAAACGAGUUCUCUCCCAGCCCCAGAGGCCAGUCUGACAUCGAGGUGUGGGCAGGGUUGCUUCCUUUGAGGCCUCUUUCCUGGGCUCGUGCACAGCUGCCUCCUUCCUGCACGUGUCUGUGUCCUUGUGUUCCCUGCCUGAAAGGAUAUAAGUCACAUGCAUUGACCUCAUCUCUGUCUCCUCUGUAAAGGCCCCACCUGCAGAUAGAAUUCUGUUCUGAGACCCUGGGGUUAGAACUUCAACAUAAGAAUUUGUGGGGGAUAGUGGGGCCUGGGUGGCUCAGUCGGUGGAGCGUCCGACUUCGACUCAGGUCAUGAUCUCGCAGUUCGUGCGUUCAAGCCCCGCGUCGGGCUCUGUGCUGACAGCUCGGGACCUGGAGCCUGUUUCGGAGGCUGUGUCUCCCUCUCUGCCCCUCCUCCACCCGUGCUUGCGUGUGUUCUCUCCCUCCCUCUCUCUCUCUCUCAAAAAUAAAAAGUAGGGGCGCCUGGGUGGCGCAGUCGGUUAA